AUGAGCGCUGGGGAGCUUGCGGAGAACGCGUGCUUUCCAAAGUACAACAUCCCGAUCGCAAGCAUGGAGAGUCCUCACGAGCAUCAGCAGAGCCUUUUGCUCUCCCGUAUCAUCGUCAAUGUUGAAAAGUUGAACGAGGCCGUUAUGAUGUUGAACAAGAAUCUGCAAGAGAUCAACAUCGCCAACAUGGAUACGGAACUUGUAGCGCAGAUGUUCAAGAACUAUCAGUCCAACGUCCUCUUCCAUCUUGAAGCCACAAACGGUUUGAAGGAUCCUGCAUAAUAACGGUCGGUCUUGUUGUGAUAUAUAGGUAGAGGAUUGGGAGAAUGCUGGCUGCAAGUUAGACGAAGCAAGGUCCUUGAAUGAUAUUAGGUGGAAGGCGACAAGUCUGAUGUCUCCCUUUUACGAUACCCCAGAG